AUGUAUGAUAUAUCUAGUGAACAAAUUAAUAUACAAAAUAAGUUUUUAAAAAAUUUAGAUUUAUAUUGUAUAUUAAAAUUUAUUAUAACAAACAAUAUAGAAAUAUACAAUGAAGAGAGUUACAAUGUUUUAAUAAAUCUAGUAAAAUCAAAUAAAAUAAUAACUGUAGAGGAAUCUAAAAGGAUCUUUUCAAAUAACAAGAAAUUAUUCAAAAGGUAUAUGUAUAAGAAAAAUAAACGAAGGCCAUGUCAUAUAAACAACAAUAAUAAUAUUGAUGAUGAUGAUAAUAAUAAUAUUCUUAAGAAUUAUAGUCCUAGUGAGAUACACACCUAUUGUGCGAAUAUUUCUAACGAUGAUAAAAAAAUGGAUGUUAAUCAAAAUUUAUAUAACAAAGAAAUAUACACAAAUGAUUCCCUUUUUUCUAAGGAUCUAAACAAUAAAAUAUUAUUUGAGUUUUUUCAAUUCCCUGAAAGUACGUACGUGUCAGAAUAUAUUAAUAAUUUAUGUAAGGAAAAGUUGAUACAUGAACCAUUAAAUAUAAAUUUGAGUCUUGUUAAAUUUGAUAAGAAGAAAAAGAAAAGCAAAAAAAGAAAAACAUGUAAAAGGAAUAAUAUUGGAGAGUUGCAGACAAGUACCAAUAAAUAUAACAGUGAUUCGGGUAUAGGGGCCACGGCAAAAACAAAUACAGACAUAAAUAAAAAUAUUAAUAGGAAUGUAAAUAGAAAUAUAACCAUGAUAGAAAAUGCAAACACAAAAAUGAACACAAAAAUGAACACAAAAAUGAACACAAAUGCAAAUACAAUUACAAACACCAAUACAAAUACAAUUACAAACACCAAUACAAAUACAAUCACAAACACCAAUACAAAUACCGAGACAAAUGCCGAGACAAAUGCCGAGACAAAUACAGAAAGUUUUGAUCGGGAAGAGCACAAUAAGUUUUAUAAAAUAUCAUCAAAAUGUUUUUCAAGAGUAUUAAACGAGGAUGAUGUAUCACUUCCUAAUAUAUAUUACAUUAAAGGCGUUUCGAACGAUAAUAUAAAUGUUCAUAUAAAUUAUAAUAUAAAUAAUAAAAUAAAUAACAAUAUUUUUAAAAAUGAAAAUAGUACUCUUGUCGAAAGUUUUAAGCCAGAUUUAUUGUAUGCAAUAGAAAAAAAUAAAAGUGAUAUAUAUACACAUAAUUGUAGUAACUCAGAUGAAGAUUCGAUAUAUAACUAUUUUAGUGACAAUACAAGUACUGUUGAUAAUAAUAAAAUGAAUAAUGUAAUUAGGGAACGCGUUAACAAUAUAAGUAAGAAUUAUUAUAAUACAGAAAUGUAUAAUAAUAAAAAUAAUGAUAAUAAUAAUAACAACAACAAUAACAACAACAAUAACAAUAAUUAUAAUAAUUACAAUAAUAUUUAUAGUAGUAGUAAUAAUAAAAUGAACGAUUAUAAACAUAUUAAUCAUAAUGAUAAUUAUAAUACAGGUAAUACUUAUGAUAAUACAAAACAUAUCGUUUUUAAUAAUAAUGAUAGUACCAUAUUCAAACAUAAAAACUCAUUAUCUUCUUUGAAAUUAUCAAUGUAUAGUUACAAAAUAUUUAAGAACGAUACAACAUUUAAUAGUACUCAUAAUCUUUUUAGUUAUGCUUUAACUUUUAAACAUUUUUAUGAUAUACAUAAUGUUUUAAAUAGAGAUCCUAACGGAUUAAGAAAAAUAAAAGUCAUACUAAAAAAAGAUAUUGGCACAAUCAGCAUAUCACCUUUUUACAUUAAUUUUGAUUCUAUACGUAUUUUUGAUAAUGUAUGUAAAACAUUUAAUAUUACAGACUAUAAUUAUAAAAAACAAAAUAUAUAUAAUUUUAUGAAUCUCUGCUCGACAAAUAAACAAUCAUUAUAUAUACUGAAAAAUAUUUUCUUAAAAGACUUAUAUAAACAACAAAAGAUUUAUCAAAAUGAUCAUCAUAAUAACAAAAAAAAAAGUUAUAGAAAAAGAAAUGCUUUAAGGAAAAAAAAGAAAAAAGAAAAAGAAAAUAUUCUAGAAAUAUUAGAUGAAGAAAAAAGAAUUAAUGUUCUAUAUUUUAUUAAUCGUUUUCUAUAUUCAAAUAAAACACCUUUAUCAUAUUUAUUUAGAAAUUACACAACAAAUUUGCUUAACGAACAAAUAAAUGUGAACCAAAAAAAUGAACACACCCAUAAAUGUAUACAUUCAAAUCAGGUGAAACAAGAAAAUGAAUUCGUUUUAUAUUCGGACGAAUUAACUAUUGAUUAUUUUCUUUUCCUUAUGAUUUUUGAAAAGAAGGUUGAGAAAAACUUUUCAAACUAUUUAAUAAACAAGAUAAAUGAAUGUAAAAAAUUUAAAAUUACUGAUAAUACAAAUACAGACACGCACAACAAGAUGCACGUAUCUAAAGAUGUAAUGGUUGAUUUAGAUGAUGAUAUAUUUGUUAAAAAAUCAUUUGAUGUGUCAACCAAAAUUUCUGGUGAUGCGUCAAAUAAAAUGUCAGGUGAUGUGUCAAAUAAAAUGUCUGUUGAUGUGUCAAAUAAAAUGUCUGUUGAUGUGUCAAAUAAAAUGUCUGGUGAUGUGUCAAAUAAAAUGUCUGGUGAUGUGUCAAAUAAAAUGUCUGUUGAUAUGUCUGUUGAUAUGUCUGUUGAUAUGUCUGGUGAUAUGUCUGUUGAUAUGUCUGGUGAUAUGUCUAUUGAUAUAUCUGUUGAUGUGUGUGACGAUUUGGAAAAAGAAUCUACUAAGGAUGUUAUAAUAUUAGAUAAUAAACAAAUAGAAGACAGCAGCGAUAAUAAUAAUAAUAAUAAUAAUAAUAAUAAUAGGGGAAGCCAAGAGAUCCAUUUAAAUAAAUGUGACAUUCUAAAGAAUGAAGAGUACAAUGUGUCGAAUGAAUAUAAGAAUAAAAAGUUUAUAGAUAUGUCAAAUAAAAAUCGUGCAAAUGUUUGUGUGAAUAUAAAUAAUAUACAAGAUAAUAGAAAUAAUAAUAAUAAUGUUGAUAGGAGUGAUAACAAAAGUUACAAUGAUAAAGACGAUUCGAAUUCCUUAAAAAAUAAAAAAUCAGGAGACCAAUUAAAUGAAUGCAUAGAAAUACACGAAAAGAAAAACAAAUUGACUAAUGAACAAAAUUCUUGUGAUAUAAGUUCAUCCGAAAAAAAAAUAUCUAAUAUCAAACAGAAUUAUAUAAUAGAUAAAGACUAUGAUAAUAAUGAAGAUAAUACGGUUCUUAGUAAACAAACAUAUUUAAUAGAAAGCAAGAAUAUAGAUAAUGAUAAGAAUAAUGAUAAUAAUAAUAAUAAUGAUAGUAAUAAUAAUAAUAAUAGUAGCAAUAAUAAUAAUAAUAGUAGCAAUAAUAAUAAUAAUUGUGGUGAUAGUAAUAGCUUGAAGAGCUUUGAAAAUAAAAAUAAUAAUAUAGAUAUUAAAAAGAAUAAGAUUGAAGGAGAAAGCACUGAUUCUUUAUACACCUCCAGUUCAGAGGAUGAAUACAAUGAUAGACAUGAUAAUAUAAAAAAAAUAAAAAAAAGAACAGAUAUAGAAAAUGAAAUUAUUUUAUUAAAAAAUAUUAGACCUUUUCCAACUAUUUAUUGGUUAAUAAAUAAAAAUAUAUGUGGAUAUAUAUCUCAUUUGGAAAAAAUAAAUAUUAUAAAAAACAUUGAAAAUUUUAUUAAUCAUCCAGGUGAAGAAUUUAAAUUAUUAAGAUAUUAUUUAAUAUAUGAUCAUUUAAAAUAUAUAGUUAUACGUUUAAGACAUAUACAUAAAAGAAUACUUAUCUUUUUUUAUAACUAUUUUUUAAACAGUGAAUAUUUCAUAUCUCAACAUAAACAAAAUAAUCAUCUAUUAUAUAUGCAUGAAUAUAAAAAUAAUCCCUUCUCACAACUAUUCGAAAUGACACCCAUCAUACAUUCAUAUUAUGAAAAAUAUCCUAUAGAUUCUAAUAGUAUAUGUGAAAUAUUAAGAAAAAUUAAUACACUCAGAAUUAAAGGUAUAGGAGGUAUCUCAAACUUUCUAACCUUGAAAUGUAUACACUUAUAUUUUGCAUCCCAUUUAUCUUAUCCAAAUACAGUUGGUUAUAUAAUUGAGGAAUAUUUUAAGUCAUAA